GGGUGUGGGUGUGGGUGUGGGUGUGGGUGUGGGUGUGGGGUGCGUAGGGUGUGGGUGUGACCAUGAAGCCAGGAACCACCCUUAUCCAACACCCACACCCACACCCCACACCCUCGAAAUGGGAGAUAAUCAACGAGAACAACAAUUACUUAAAAGAAAAAUUCUUUUUCUUUAUUUUAACAAUUUAUUAAAUAAUCACAAUUUUGUUGUUCAAAAUUAUUCGGUAAGAAAAAAAUAAAAAUUCCUAUGAAUCUAUUUGAUUUCUUCUAUAGGGUUUUAAUUCAAUAAAUGAUUAAAUAUUUAUGUCGUCUUCUAUUUCUUUUCUUUAUAAAUAUGAAGGUGUUGACAUUUCUCUUGAUUUAAAACGUCGUGAUAAAUUUUUAUUCGUUUAUGUUAAAGUAAAGACAAUGUUUUUUUUUAAAUAAAAAAUAUGAUAGAUUUAUCUAAUUUUAGAAUUAUUCUAUUGGUUUAAAUAGUGAAGUAACUGUUCUGUUUUAUAAACAUUUCAGUGGAAACGACGAAUAAUUCAUUGAUGUAAGACAAAAAUUAUUCAUAUAAAGUCGCAAUUAUUUAUAUAUUGAUUGGAAAAUACAAAUGAAUUCGAUGCAACAAAUGAAUACAUUGAUGAAUGAAAUUAAAAAAACAAGAAGAAACAAAUAAUACAUCAAAUAUGCAUUUAACUGAUGAUGAUAAAGAAAAAGGAGCAUUUACAAAAUUUUAAUAUUUCAAAGCGAACAAUUAAAAAAGUUCAGGGUAAAAAAAAACAUCCAAAUUGUAAUCAAGAUGAAAAUAAUUUUCGUUUUUAGAUCGUUAUGUUGAAUUUCUUUUUCCUAUUCAAGCACAAAGUUUAUAAAUAUAUAUAUAUAUAUAUGAUAAAAAAGAUUAUUUAGUUCAAGGAUAUAUACAGGCACUGUAAAAACAUUAUUAACUUUUUCUAUUCCUAUUGUUGAAUUACUUAAAAAUGAUACAUCAAUUAAAUUAAUUCGUGGACGAUCACCACCAAUACUUAUUUUAGCAGCAACAAGAGAAUUAACAGGAAGAUUAAAAGAUAUUGUUGAUAAAGGAAAAGUUGAUUUAACUAAAAUAAAACAUGUUAUUCUUGAUAAAGUUGAUCGAAUGGUUGAUAUGGGUUUUAUUGAUGAUGUUGAAGAAAUUCUUGAACAUAUAUUUACACCAAAUCGAGAGACUAAACCACAAUUUAUUGUUUUUUGUUCUGCAACAAUGCCUGAUUGGGUAUGUAAAGCAACAAAAAAAUAUAUGCCAAAAUAUUUUAUUGUGGUAGAUUUAGUUAAAGGCAAUACACAAUAA